ACACAGGAGCAGCUUCCUCAGUUUGUUGGUUAGCUCCCAUCAAGUGCCAGCGUUUAAUGUUUCAACCGCGAAAGGUUUGCAGUCGUCGCCACGUUGACUAUCAGUGUUAAUUAUAAUCCAAGCGGUAUUAGACGGUGUGAUAAACUCUUUUUUUAAGCUUUACAACAACGCAUCAAGUUGCUACCAUAAAGCUAAUCUCGGCUAUAGCUAAUAACACUCAGAUGUGUUGAGUUACUGUGCGGAGGAGUUAGACGCAGCAUCACCUCGGCUCUUCAGCUACACGCUUCAAUGGUGCUUUCCUUGGUGAGCCUUUGUGCCAGGGAGGUGGUGAGUGACCACAGCUCAUCGCCCUGCUGGCUGAGAUGGGUGCCCAGGGAGCUGUACAGACCGCUGCUGGAGGCCUCCUUCAGAAGCAGCAGACCGCUGGCUGUGGGCGAGCUGGUGCAGAGAUGGCCUGAACGCAUCCUGCGUGUCGGAGGACGAAGGAAACGGGGGCAGACAUCCCCAAACCGACUUUGCAUCCAGGCUCUGUUACUCGCAGUUGUCAGAGGACUCUCGGAUCAAGGGUGUGCACUGCAAGCUCUGGACCUCUCUGGACUGCAAGGAGACGAGGGAGGGAUGGGAGACCCGAUGGGUGGCUGGUCUCUUACUGUAGCUCUCUGCACCAUGGUUGUCCAGGCCAGAGCUGGAGCACAGAGGGCACAGAAGAGAGAAGGAGAGCGGGAUAGGAAAAGGAUUUCGGCUCUGGAGAGAGAAAAAGAUGUGAAAAGAGAGAGAGGGGAGAGGAAGAGGGUAAAGGAACCGAAUGGCAAAGAGGCAAACACAGACAGUAGGGAGCUGGUCAUAAGUGACGGGGAGAGGAUGCAAUCAUCUGGGGUUCUCAGUGAGGAGGAGUUGAUUAAGGGAGUAAGGAGGAGGAUGGAGGUAGAGAGGAAAAGAGGGAGCACAGUGAUGGGUGUAGCAGGCAGCAGAAAGGACAGUGAAGAAAAAGAUGUGGAUACUGAUGUGUUGGUGCAUGUAAGAGCCGAUCUUUUUGUCAACGCUCGCUCUUGGGAGCGUGUCCGUGUGGCUCUGAAUACAGCGGGACCCCUCAAGCUUCAGUGCAGGUACCUCCGCGUGGAGGAGAUUUCAGUUUCAAGCAUCAAGACCCUGCUAGAGCUUCUACCUCAGCAGGGUCUUCUGGGGAUCGAUAUUCGCUACAGCAGUCUCGGGGUGGCUGGUUUGGCUGAGCUGCUACCUAUGAUCUCUAACUUCCCUGCACUGAACUCCCUCCGCCUCCACUACUGUAAUUUGGAUUUUCGUAGAGACCACCCUGGCCAAGAAGAGGCAUUGAGGGACCUGUCACAGGGUUUGACACAGCUGCAACAACUGCGACGGCUCAGUCUCACUGCACUCCGCUUACCUGGACAACUUCGUGUGCUACUCAGCUCACUGCCUCAGCCUCUAGAGAUACUGGAGCUGCCAUAUUUGAGCCUGAGUCCAGCCGACCUUGCCUAUCUGUCCGGCAGCCAUCAUGCUUCCACGCUGCAGCAGCUGGAUCUGAGUGAAAACCGUUUGGAUGAAAUCACCCUGCCCUCUAUUCGCCGCCUCCUCUCCCAGGCCUCUAGCAGCCUGCAGCACCUCUGUUUGAGUGGCUGUGGCCUGACUGACGGCCUGCUGGGGCUCUUGCUGCCUUCACUGGGGAUGUGCUCAGCCCUCAAGAGCUUAGCAUUCGCCCUGAAUCCGCUCUCCAUGGCUGGCCUCUUGGACCUGUUGAGGACAGCAGUGAGAAUGCCCUCCCUCCGACAUUUGCUGUAUCCCAACCCCCUGGAGGACUACCAGCCGGGCCUUCCUGACCUACCCUCUAGCGCCCAACUCUUAGACUGGCCGCUGGAUGAAGCCACAGACCUCAACACGACAAGCAGCCAGCUCAACAAGGUGCUGCUGGACAGCGGACGCUCUGACCUCUUCCUGACCUGUGACCUGCUCAAUUAUGAUAAAGACUUGUUGGACUAGAGCAGAGGCCAAAACAAUGACGCAGGUGCUUUGUGGGAUUGCUCGUGGACAAAGAGCAGCGCAAUGUUCAUUAGCCUGAUAGUCAGAUGCUAAAUAUGGUGUAUUCUUUUAAAAAAUAUGUAUCCUUUUUUUGUUCGUUUUUUACCUUUUCUUUAUCGCAAUCCUUCUCAUGAAAUUAUUAUUUAUUUAUGCUUUCUCUUUUAAUAAAACGUGAAUGGAACAAGACAGCAAGACAGUACUCUACAAUACAGACAUCAGCCAAAACUGAUAUGAUGAACUGAUAAACCAAUAUCACGUUACCGUGGCAUUGGGGAAAAGAAAAGAUCAUUGGGUCACAUUGGUUUGUUCUUGUUGGGAGCAUGUUAUCAACAGAAAAUGGAUUUCAAAAUUUGGUUUAGUGGGCUGAUAGAAGAGCACGAGAUAAGGUUUCUUCCUUUUUUGGAAUACGGGAAUCUGCAGUUUUUAAGAUUUAUUAGUCUCACACAUACACUCAGACCACAUAACCUCUACUUUUUGGCAAAGACAAUACAGGAAUUCAACACUUCAAUCAAAAGGUGCCAAACUACAAUAACUUCACUUGAUGACUGUAUAAAUUAAACUUUUGCAUAUGAAUCACUGCUGGUUUUAUACCAAAAACAAGUUAAUGCUUUAUAAUCAGUUUAGUAAGAUAGUUGGGAAGUUCAUAGCCUGUACUUUUCUAUACACAAGGCAAUUAUCCAAAUAUCUGCUGGGCUACUGCAUGUGCGUACUGCACAGUAACUAUUGCUGCAGUAUGUCUGACAGUGGAUAACUUUAUAAUGAAUGUUUGCUUAAUAUUUGUACAAGUUUUCCUUAAAUAGGAAAUGAUUGUUACUGCAAAAUAUUUAGGUUAAUCUGACUUCUGUACCAAAUGACCGCGU